AUGCUAACAACAGCCUGCAGUGAUCAACAGAAAGUCCAGCGUGUGUUUGAUUGGAAGCAGCUGUAUUUUCAGGGCAUCCGCAUACUCAAUUACAUUGACGACAGGCUAAUAAUAGCACAGUUAGAUGUGGUGGCAGAGUCGAUCCUCACUACAGUUGCGAGAGUGAAGGAAGGGCAGUCACUCAUUGUCAAGCAGUUUCAGAGACUGCUGGGUCUGAUGGAAGCUGCGUCCAAUGAAGGCCUUAUGGAAGCUGUGGGUGUGGUCCCAGAGGGGGCACAACUCAUAGCUGCUGGUCUCUCAACUGAGGUAGUUGAGACCAUUCUCCAAUCGAGAGCUCCCUCUACGAGGAAACUGUUCGCCCUGAAGUGGCGCUCGCAUCUUCACUAUCGAGAGCUUUUCAGUGAAUCAGUGAAGAAAAUGUUUCUGAAGUUAGUUCUGUUCUGCUUGUGUUUCUGGCUUCUGGAGGGAGUGAGGUCAGUGUCAGUGCUGGAGGGAGAUUCAGUCACUCUGAACUCUGGUCUGACUGAACUGAAUGAUGAUCGGGUUCACUGGUGGUUUAUAAAUGAAACCAUUUUUAUCGCUGAACACAAUGUACCAGAGGGGCAGAUUCAAUGUAUAUGAUGAUGUUCUUGACGGAGAUUCAGAGGCAGACUGAAGCUGGAUUAUCCAACAGGAUCUCUGACCAUCACAAACACCACACCUGAACAUACUGGAUGUUUUGAACUAGAGAUAAACACUUACAGCAGACCUCCCCUGUGUCUCGUUGUAUACGCUCGCCUGUCUGUUCCUGUCAUCAGCAGAGAUUGUUCUUCAUCUUUUCGUCAUCAUCUUGUUCGUUGUUGUGUUCGGGCGGUGAACGUGAGUCAUGUGACUCUCUCCUGGUACAAAGGAAACAGUUUAUUGUCCAGCAUCAGUGUGUCUAAUCUCAGCAUCAGUCUCUCUCUACCUCUGGAGGUGGAAUAUCAGGAUAAAAACACCUACAACUGUGUGAUCAACAACCCCAUCAGAAACCAGACCACACAUCUGGACACCAGCAGACUCUGUCACACGUGUUCAGACUCUGAACACUGCUGUGGUUUUACUGAAGCUGUGAUCCGAUUGGUCCUCUCUGCUCUGGUGGGCGUGGCUACAGUCACUAUUAUUGUUUAUGACAUCAGAUCCAGAAGAGCUCAUCAUAUUCACAAAUCAGGCACAUGA